GUCCUGCCUCGCCACGGAUCAGACUGCUACAGCCUGCAUGCUCGGUUUGUCUUCGGGAUAAUCUUGGACUUGUGUACUCUGGACAGGGUUCCCGCCAAGUGCAGCCAUGAGGAUUCAGAGCCUUUCCCUGCUCUCCUUCCUUCUUCUGGCCAUGUAUGUGCUCCUGGUGGAAGGUGACAAGCGCCGGAAGCAGACAUCCACUCCGGGCAAGCCCAAGAAGAGGCACAGAAGCCAGACACAUGAGCACCUGCCCCAUGGCAAGUUUGCCACCCAAGACCUAGCAGAAUGCAGAUGGGCUGUGACCGAGCUGACUGAGGGCAGCGCCACCCUGAAGGUCGCGUGCACCCAAAAGGACAAGGAAUUUUCCUGUUACUUCGGUGGCAAUCUAGACUCAUGCCUCCAGUCUGUGAAGAAAACAAAGGCCUUAUGGAAACAACUCGGCCAGAGCCUGAAGGGGCAGAACAUCUGUGAAAACCCCAAGAGCGUCGUGAGGGCCAGGAUGUGCAGAAAGAAGUUUCCGGAAGCCAGUCUCAAGCUACUGAACUCCACUCUAAUCAAGGAAAGGAAACCCAGCCAGGACAUGAAGCCAGAGGUCGAAGAGGCCACACGCGCCAGCCCCGUGAAAACCCAGACUGUGACCACCAAAGGCCCCGAGUGCGUGGAAGAUCCCGAAAUUGCCACUCAGAGUAAGGUGGCCCUGGAUUACUGUGGGGAGUCCUGGGCGGACACCUGCAAAUUCUUCCUUAGGAUGUUUCAGGACAAAUCGUGCUAAGGAGGUCCAAAGAGAACAGGGUCCAUUCGGAGAGGUGAUGCCAUGAGCCCUGCAGGCUGCAAAUCUCUCCACUUCCCCCAAGAUCUAUGAACUUCUGUGCGAUGAGAGUGCCACAGAGUGUUUAAGCAGGUUUUGCAGUUUUUGUUUUAUGUUUUGGAAGUGGCUUCAUAUUCACUUCUUUGGAUGUGAGAUUAUCAGAGGCUGUUUCUACAGCCCCAAAGCUUUAUGUAGAAGAGCUGUGAAGGCUUAUCUUUGAAAGAACUACCAGACUGACGACUUCAACAAGGUUCACU